UUACAGUUCUUUCAGCGCUUUCGAGAGCUUUGUUUUGCCAUUCACACAGCCUCAAUAACUAGUCAAUUUCACGAGUUGAUUGCCCUUUCGUGCUUUGCCUUGUUUCUGACGAAUAUCGACGAUUUUAACAAUGAAAUACGGACACCAAACUUGACGUUUUAUUAUUUGAUCAUGUCGUCGGCGUGGACAGCGCGCCAAGGGGAAGUGGGUGAUCUGAGCAGCAAGAGUAAAGAUCAGCUCUUGGAGAUACUGUCACGACAAGAAAAGUUACUGUCUAAUAAGAGAUUUCUUCAGAGCCUUCCAGAUAAGGGAAAGAAGAUUGCUGGCUUUGUGGAGAAAGUACACCUUGCACUUGCACAUCUGGAGGAGGAGGAGAGAAAACAAACAAGUUUAAUCUCUGUCCGGACAGAGUUUCAGGCUAAAUAUCAGCAUGCCCUUGCCAAGCGAAGCACAGAUAAGCUUUUACAAUCCAAUUUGGACAGGAUUAUCCCAUACCAUGAUAGAAAUCAAACCAAUGUCAAUAUCGAUGCGGCUAACAUACAGGAAAAUAGUGGACUGUUGGGCCAAGAGGAGUGUUUGACAUCCCAGCCUGAGCCUGCUGAAACACUAGAAACAGCCAGCGGGAAUGCAGCAGCCUCACUGAUGAAAGACACAGAGCUUGUGGAGGUGUUUGGACGAGUAACUCUUGAUGAAAGUAACAAUGGCUCAAACCAAGACACCAUAAAAGCUCUGUCUCCUAGUAAGCCCUUUCAGGGUAAUCAGCAACAGAAGAAACCACAUUACAUAGAAGUUCUGGAGAAGACAGAGAAAAGUGUGAAUAUGAGGAAGCCCAGAUUCAAACCAAACCAGUUAGCUGUAAAAUCCGAGUCUUCAUCACCUAGUCAGGCCUCUGGCAGCACCACACCACUUUCUGCAGAGGCCAGAAGACAACGAGACCGAAAACACCUGAAUGACAUCACUGCGGCCCAGUUUCCACCCCUGCACCACAGUCCUGCCCAGCUGCUGUCAUUAGAGGAGUCAGCUGACCUUCUGCAAGAGCAGACCAGAAAACACCUGGAGUUGCAGGCCAAACAAGCUGCGCAGAAGCUGGCAGAUGGUCUGAGUUUCAAGAUGGAGAGUUAUAACCCAGAAGGAGGCCCACUGAGAGCCUACAGAGAGGUGCAUGAUGAUGGGGCCCAGCUUUCCUCAGAGGAGGACUGAUCGUGGGGCCCUACAGAGAGGGCACUGGCUUGUUGAUAUGUUUGGCCCCUUGCCCUGGGCCAGCUCUAGGCCUAGAGCCCAUGCUUCAGGACCCUGGAGAGAGGCUUUCAGCCUGAGGACAAGAGAAGGGCUCUUCAUGAACUGUGCUGACAAUGUCUUAGAUUCUGCCAUUGAAGUUAAAUAACAGCAGGUUGAAUCAAGUUAAGAGUUACUGUGUGAAAACCGUCCAUUUUUGCAUGUGAAAAUGUUACUGUCCAACAGUAACAGAUUAUCUUGGCAAGCUCAUGCUGAAAAACCUGAUACCUCGGCAGGUCCACACCUGUUGUCUUGUAUAGAAUAAUAUAAUUCAAAGCUUUUAUCAGCCAUAACUUUAAGGGUGUAAAUCGUGUGUUAUUCUGAAGAUGGUAAUAGAAUAUUUUUGUAUGACCUUUCUUAGUGUUUAUUUAAAAAACCCUCUGAAUUGACCUCUAAAGCGUGUGAUUGCUUCUUUGAAUCAGAUAACAGAAACCACAGUUUUAUAAACUAAAGGUGGAAGCACUUAAUGUUUUGUCACUUGAGUGCAACAGCCUGUCUCCCUCCCUUUUCACAGCAUUGUUUUGCUAAGCGCCCCACUGGUUUGAUUGGAAUGAGUCAGCUGUCGUUUGAAGGGAGGGAUGUUGUUAUCAGGGCAGAAAUCUGUGACAUGCCUCAGAUGAUUAAUAUAUGUAAUGUGAAAUAUCGAGGCUUGAAGGAAUUAGACCAAUUGGUGGAGUACAUCUGGAUUUUAUUUAGAUCAUGUUACUGCAUGAAGUGGCAAUGCAUUCUGGGAUGGCAACAGAUAGACAGACAUGACAUAUGGUACGUGCAAUUUCCAAAGCCAUGAGCGCUAUUAAAAAUUCUUAAAAUUCACUCUUUUAAACUCUCAGGGUGUAAACAACGUAUUUUCUUUACAUAUUAUUCAGGAAUCUGUAUGUUUAAAUGGAGAAAAGGGAGCUUGAAGAUGAAGGAAAUCCAAAUCUGCGCCGCUCUGCAGUUGAUGACCUGUGAUAACCUCUAGUAAUUGCUUCUGCCCGUUGAUGGGAACUGCUGCCUUAGAAAAAAGAUCCUAACACAUCUGGCAGGUUAGUGUUUAGACACAGUCUGUGACGAACUCCAGAGUGCCUUAUCCAGACGUCUCGUGAUAAAUAUGUCAGACUUGUCCAGAAAGAAUCUCCUCUCUAUGUGGUAUUAAUUAAGUCUACCUUGCAUACAGAGGAAAAAAGACUGUUAUCAAUUACAUACUAGUUUCCCGUGCUGAUCUGAUCCACUUGUGAGUACAUUGACAUGCUUGAGUUGGUCUCAAGCAUGCGUCCCGACAGUGUCUUUAAGUUGUUUUUUGCUGCAGUUUUUGCUUUCCACAUGCCCCCACACCCAUCGUCUCGGAUCAAUAAAUGUCUGGUGGAGUCAUCUGCAAGUGGUUUUCAUCUACCACAAGUGUGAAAUCAUGCCCUCAGAGAAUGGGCAAAAUGUUUGAGCUGUGAACAGGAUGAAAGGAUACUGUUUUUGCCAAUGAAAACACAUUUUAAUGCAGCAGAGAAUAUGAACUAAUUAUGCAGGGUAGAAUAAAGUUGGAAUAACUCAUUUCUCUUGCUACUUUAUCUUAUUAAAAGGCAUUUUGAUUCAUCACUGCUUUGAGACAUAAAUCUGUCUUUGUUCCUCUCCCUAGCCUUUUCUCUGUCUACUCUAGAUCUAGUUUCACAGUAAAUCUGAGCUCUAAUGAGACUCAGAGCAGGUCACAUACCCUAAUGCAUAGCUUUUUGGCUCCAAGGCCCUCCUUUCUCAAAGACAGUUUUCAAAGGCCCUUUUAUCUAAUCAGAUAUGUAGCUCUUGUACUUCUGUUGUAAUAAAUCAAACUUAUAUUUUCA